GGGGUGGGCGGGGGUUGCUUGCAAGCUUGAGGACGGCGAGAGAGAGAGAGGGAAAGACGCAAAGUUCCUGGAAAAGUGGAGGUCUCUGAUUCAGAAAGUGAGGAUUCCGGAGAGGAAAAGAAUGCUCAAGAGCUGCCACACUCUGUGACAUGUCCGACCCCUUGAUCCAGUCCAUGCAACAUGUACAAGGUGGAGAUCCAUUGAUUCAUCAGUGUGCACCACAAAGCUUUGGGGGUCCAUGUCUGAAUGGAUUGCUGUAGCCUUCUCAUUUCUCCGUUCAUCCAGUUCCCUGCAUCAUAAGACUUUAAGCCAGCACAGGACCUAGAAAAAUUACAUGGUGUGAACGGAAUGUCUGUGGAUGAGAAGACUGAAUCCCCCAUGUAUGUGUAUGAGUCAACAGUCCAUUGUACCAAUAUCCUCCUGUGCCUCAAUGACCAGCGGAAGAAGGAUAUUCUUUGUGAUGUGACUUUGAUUGUGGAAAGGAAAGAGUUCCGAGCCCACCGGGCCGUGUUGGCGGCAUGCAGCGAGUACUUCUGGCAAGCUCUGGUAGGGCAGACGAAACAUGACUUGGUUGUCAGCCUGCCUGAGGAGGUCACUGCUCGGGGGUUUGGUCCAUUGUUACAGUUUGCCUACACUGCGGAGCUGUUACUUAGCAGAGAGAACAUCCAGGAGGUCAUCCGCUGUGCCGAGUUCCUGCGCAUGCACAACCUGGAGGAUUCCUGCUUCAGUUUCUUGCAGACCCAGCUCCUGAACAACGAGGAUGGCCUGUUCCUGUGCAAAAAAGACACCUCUUGCCAGCGCAUGCACGGCAACAUGGAGAACUCAGAAGGCGAGGAGGAGGAGGAAACGAUGGAGUCAGAAACCUCCAAGAUAUCAUGUCCCAAGGAGCGGAUGCAUCCAGAGCCCCUCAGCUUCGAGUCUGCAGCCCCAGCAGCAGAGAAAGAAGAAGGCGUGCUGCCUGACGCCGACGUGCCAAGGGAUGAUGGCAGGGGCAGUCUGGACAAGGAUACGCUGACACGGUACCCCAGAUAUAAGAAAUACCAGCUUGCUUGUACCAAGAAUGUUGUCUACAACACAUCGCACAUCAGUACCUCAGGUUUUGCAAGCGCACUCAGUGAAGAGAACCCUGGCAACGGCCUCCAGGCUGGGCUGGCCAUGGGGCAGAUUAAAAGCGAACCUCAGAGCGAAGAGAAUGACGAGGAAAGCAUCACACUUUGCCUGUCCGGAGAGGAGCCCGAUGUCAGGGACAAAGAGGGGGAUGUCGAAAUGGAAAGGAAACAGCCCAGCCCCAUCCCCAUCCCUGUGGCCACCACCUCUGCUGCUGCUGCUGCAGCCACCGCUGCUACCCCCUCGGCCACCUGCAUGGACAGAUCUAAAAGCGGCUCCUCUCCUUCCUGUUUAGGGUCUCUCUUCAACAGAACAAAAAGUGCAGAGUUGUCGGGCUUGCCCAGUACUUCCCAACAGCACUUUGCCAGGAGUCCAGCUUGCCCUUUGGACAAGGGGACAACUCAGGGUGACCAUAAAACUGACUACAGCCCUUUCACAGGGAAUUAUGGACAGUCCCAUGCCAGUCAGAAAGAUGCUUCCAGUGUCCCGGUGGGGUCUCCUCUCAAGGGGCCCGGGUUUGAAACUCUCUGUAAGCAAGAAGGUGAGCUGGACAGGCGGAGUGUGAUCUUCUCUUCCAGCGCCUGCGACCAAGGGAACACUUCGGUGCAUUCAUAUUCUGGCAUAACCAGUUUGGACAAAGACCUCUCUGAGCCUGUGCCAAAGGGUCUUUGGGCAGGAGCUAGCCAGUCCCUCCCUAGCUCACAGACCUAUUCCCACAGUGGACUAAUAGCUGAUCACUUGCCAGGAAGGAUGCGGCCUAAUACCAGCUGCCCGGUGCCAAUUAAAGUUUGCCCUCGUUCUCCCCCCUUGGAGACCAGGACCAGGACCUCCAGCUCCUGCUCCUCCUACUCCUACGCAGAAGAUGGGAGUGGUGGUUCUCCCUGUAGCCUCCCUCUCUGUGAAUUCUCCUCCUCUCCCUGUUCCCAGGGAGCUCGAUUCCUUGCCACCGAUCAUCAGGAGCCAGGCCUGAUGGGAGAUGGAAUGUACAACCAAGUCCGACCCCAGAUUAAAUGUGAGCAGUCCUAUGGAACCAACUCAAGCGAUGAGUCUGGAUCGUUCUCUGAAGCAGACAGUGAGUCAUGUCCUGUGCAAGACAGGGGCCACGAGGUCAAACUUCCCUUUCCUGUUGAUCAAAUCACAGAUCUCCCAAGAAACGAUUUCCAGAUGAUGAUAAAGAUGCACAAGUUAACCUCAGAACAGUUAGAGUUCAUUCAUGACGUUCGCCGGCGUAGCAAGAAUCGAAUUGCAGCUCAACGCUGCCGCAAAAGGAAACUGGACUGCAUUCAGAAUUUAGAAUGUGAAAUACGGAAACUGGUAUGUGAGAAAGAAAAACUGUUAUCAGAAAGAAACCAGCUGAAAGCGUGCAUGGGGGAACUCUUAGAUAACUUCUCCUGCCUUUCCCAAGAAGUCUGCCGAGACAUCCAGAGCCCUGAGCAGAUCCAAGCUUUGCACCGGUAUUGCCCUGUCCUCAGGCCAAUGGAUCUCCCCGCAGCCACCAGUAUUAACCCUUCGCCCACUGGCAUGGAGCAAAAUCUGGCAGCAUCCCAGUGUGUAGGAGAAAGCAUGCAGUGCUGCUUGGAUCAGGGUACUGUGCCCCUUGGGACUCCCUGGCUGCCCAACAAUGUAUCAGAGAAUUGUACAGCUGGGAGGAGGUUGGAUGGAGCUGACCAAGGUACCUACUCAGAGAGAGGGCCCUCUCUAGAACCAAGGAGCCAAACAGUGACGGUGGACUUCUGCCAGGAAAUGACUGAUAAAUGUACAACAGACGAACAGCCCAGGAAAGAUUAUACCUAGUGACUUGGGCCCUAACAUCCCCACCCAGACAAAUAUUCGUCAGUCAGCCUGUGGCCAGUUCAUUUGUUGUCUAGAAGAACGAAUUUGGUGCACACUACAGUGGUCUUAGCAGCAAUACUGUCUUUAAGUAUUUCCUCCUCCCUACAAGCAGGAGUUACUAGUUAUCUUCACAAUGGUGCUAUCCCUUGCCCAGGCAGGGAACUCAAACAGUGGCAACACUGUCUGUUUUUAUAUGUUAAUUUCAAUCUUAACAGGGAUGGACAUAACACCUCUGAGGACCCAACCACAGAUUAUUUUCUCAGUGGCCCAUGUCACAAAACCCUAUCUCAGGAAUUUCCUCUGAAUGUUCAAUUUUUUUUCAUUGAAGACAGCUUCUAUACACAUCAAAGUUUUAUAACUAAACUGUACAUAUAAUAUAUAUAAUAUAUAAAAAUAUAUCUCCAUAUGCAAAAGUCCCUGCAUGCCUCAAUUUUCUCAUCCUAAAACUGGAAACUUUCAUUUCUAAUGUAUAAACAAGUUCCAACAUUCCUUUUUUUUUCUUUUUUUUGCCUUUGAUGCUAGAAGUAGUUUGGUAACUUGUUAUGGCAGUAAUUUUUUUCUUGGUUCAUAGUUCAUCAAUAUUACUCAGUUUGUACUUAUUUAUGGAAAAAAAUCAACAUUGAAAGCUUAUUUGAGAGUUGAUUGCAGAGUUUUUGUUUUGUUUAAUUUGGGGCACAGACAAAUGGUGCCAUCUGAGCAUUGUGGAUUUUUUUUUUCUUGCAGAUACUGUACAGUAAUGGUCAACUUUGCCACUUGCACUGAGUUUGGGGUCAAACCUAUUUUCAUAAAUGAAGUUGUAACUUCAGUAUAACUCGAGUAUACUGUAUAUUAUUUGCUUUAUAGUUUAAAAAAAAGUAAAACCUUUUAGGUAAUUAAAAAAAGCACUCAGGUGAUAAUUAUGUAGGAGAAACAAUCUUGCCAAAUAAUGAAUUCACCCUCCAAUUUGUAGAUGAUAAUCUGCUUGAAUAUUUUUGUAUUUCAACUCCUUAGCCCCCUCCCUUCCCUUUCCCCAAGCAAAUUUUAAAUGCAUCUAGUUAGUGGUGGAUGCUUGAUGUCCGGAUUCCUAGGUGGGGAGAGAGUUUGGGCAUCCCACUUGAAAAAUGCAUCAGUAACAGAACAUCCAUCUGUGAUUUUACACCAGGAUUCUAUAGGUGUUGGUGUCUAGAAACCAAGUUCUGUUUUCUUCCCUAAGGAAGUAAGCUGUGGUCUGGUCACUACUUACUCUCUGAAGGGUUCUGUUAUAGGAUCUUCUCUUUUGAAGUCAUGGCCAUCAACCCAACUACCUUUGAGAAGAUCAGUCUCCCUGGAGAUGACUGAAGCAAAUGGUUGAGCUGUAGAUUCACUAAACCAAUGGCUGGUCUUUGAAAGGUCCAAAGGGCCAGUGAAGCAAAUGUGCCCCAAAUAGGAGAGACAUUAGUGCAGUUCCAAGCCCAAAGUCUCCUCCUGGUGUAGGCAGAAGAGUUUUUUUUCCUCCCUUCCUCCUCCAAGUGCAUUGAGUUGUGUUUUGGGGUUACUUCAACUGUCCUGCUGCCCAAGUAUGUCCAUAGCUCAUUCUGAGGCUUUAGGCAAGACAAUACCAGAACUCUUCCUAAUGGCAUUUUUCCUCUUUUGCUGCAAAACUGGUUGGCUGUGCACAUCUGCAUAAAGAGAGCAGCUUUUCCCCAGCACAGAGGGAUGAUGUUCUCCUCUGGUGCAAACGUUUACACAUGAGGUGUGCACCAGUGUUUCUCUUCACGCACUCAGUAGCUCAGCAUCUUUCCUUAGGAGGAGGAAUCAGCUCCCUCACUCCAGUGAUACUUUUAUGACAUCAUGAAUAUGGACACUUACGAAUGCCCUGGUCUUGCUUAACACCCCUUGACCCCGUGGCUGCAGUCUCGCUCUGGAGGAGA